GGGGACAGAACGCCCCUCUUGUUUCCGCGCGUGCGCACCUUAGCCUCCGGCCAGUCAACUUCCGUGGUUGCCGUGGCAACUGGCCUGCGCUGCUCGAGGGAAGCGGAAAGGAGGACAGGUUUCCCGCCAAAGACUUAGGAAAGGCUCCUGAUAAUGGCGGACGUGCUGGGCGGGCCCAAGGUUCGCGUGGCCGCGAGUCAGUUGGCCCAAUUCAUCGGGAAGCCCGUUUGUUUCGUGGGGCAUCUGGACAAGAUCCAUCCAACUGGGAAAUACUUCUUCCUGACUGAUGGAGAAGACAAAAAAGCAACCAUUGAGAUGAGCACACCUCUAGAAGAAGAGAUUUCUGGAGUCAUUGAAGUAGUAGGAAGAGUUACAAAACAAGUAAACGUUCUGUGUGAGACGUACACUCAAUUCAGAGAAGAUAAAAAUUCAUUUGAUCUUGCAUUAUAUAAUGAAGCUCUGAAAAUUAUCCAUGACUUUUCAGAAUACUAUCCCUAUGGUACUAAGUGAUGCCUUUCAUGCUAACAAAGCGAACAAUUGUAUAUUUAAUGAAGAACUGCCCAAGAAUGAAAAACCUAUCCAAGAAUCUCAUUUGAAAACAAGGAUUAAAAUGCAUUUGGGAUAAUCUGAUGUGCCUAGGAUAUCAUUGGGUUUUGUGAAUCUAAAUUAUGUCGCAUUGGUGAUAUAGAAAAAUACCCAUCUCUUAUAAAGUCAAAAACUUCUCAGUGGGUGAGCAUUUAAUGUCAAAUUACAACUUGGCGAGAUGUCUCUGUAAAUACAUGACAAGAUACAACGCUCCUAUUCAGUUUGCUUUGUUUUCAUUUUGAAAUGAUGCAUAGAAAAUAUCAAGAAGUUAUGAAGAACAAUUUUGUUCAAUAGGCAGCACUCCUGUAGAAACCUGGCUAUCUUAUAGUUUGGAAAUAUCACCUAAAUAUGUCAGAUUAAGAAGAAUGUACAAUUUAAAUGGUAGGCACCAAAGUUUUGAAAUCAGUAGUAGAAGUGUCUGGGGAAGUGAAUUAAAAGCAUAAUAGAAACAAUUCAAAAUACUAAGUUUCCCAAAGCUAGUCCUGUUUUUUGAAAGGAAACAGGAUUGAAUUUACUGCUUUUAUAAUGUAGCCUUCAUUUGGAAUUUUUCAAUUUAUUUUUUUCCUUUAGAGUGGAAAUACAUUGACUAUGAUAAGUGUUUAUCAAAUCUUUAAUGAAGAUUUCUGAUCAAAUUUCCUGAAUUAUUUUUCCAUUUGUUGACUGUCCAGUACAUGCUACUGUGCAUCGCAUAAUCGUAUUAAAAACAGUAUUCUAAAACAAAAAAAAAUAGUGGCAUGGGACCAGUAGAUUGCCAAAACAUUCUUAUUACAUAUUUGUUAAAAUUGUUAAAUAUUUGAGAAUUCAUAGUAAGAACUACUGCUUAAAACUAGGAAUAGGUAGGGAAAUAAAAUCUAAGAGGCAUCACUUUGAAAACCUUGCUGCACUAUUCCAAAUAAUGGACAGGUGACUUCAGUGACUUAAUGCUGAAAGGUUGACAAAUUGGAAUGCUAAGUAAGUAGUAGAGUAUACAUAGAAGCAUGAGAUACAAAAGUGCAUCUGAAAUAUAAGCAACAGAUAAGGGAUCUGUUGCCCAGGAAUUUGAAUGGGUGGAAUGUCUAACUGAAAGUUUGGAAGUGCCAACAGUUCAGAGAUUUAAAACAAGUUUUUACAACAAAGAAUCAUGGAGUUUAUACUUAUCUCUGAGAAUGUAGAAGAUAGGCAGAAUUUGACUGGAAUUUAGUAACUUUCACAUUACAAAUAAAGACUACAUUAUUAUUUUACGAACAGAAAUGCUAAGUUUGUUUUCUACCUUGUAUUCCUAAUUGUUAUCUUAUAGACAGUGCUUUGAAGAAUGAACUGUCAAGCGCUAAACUGAUAGUGAAUUUAUGUUUGCAUCAGAUGGCAAUUCUGAUUUAAAAAUAAAGACACCAUUGGCUAAAGAAACAA